CUGAUCCAUCAAACAGGAACUCCCUUCCCGUUGACCAUGGUUCAAAUCGGUCUUCUGAGCCUGGACAAGCCACAGACUCCCAACGUCAUCGCCUUCUUCAACUCAUUCGUUGCUCGAUCGGUGCCACCGAUCCUUCUUCUCCAGCUAAUGCUCCAUCCACUUGCUGAUCAUCCGAUGUUUCCACCAGUACAAAAGUCGAUACAGAAGGCCACCACAAAGCUAGAGCACGCACAGACACCACCUCGGAAGAAGAUUCUCUCCAGUCUGAGCUGGACCAACACACAAAGAUGAACGGGAUAGAAGUCAUACCAGCAUCCCGGCAAGAAAGGGAAGGAGAGACCCAGAGACGCCGGUCAAUCCUGACUUUGUGGAAAAGAAAGCAUCACGAGAAGGUCGCUCGUCAUGAAGACCACCCAUGCGAAUCCCAAAGCGACCUUUCCAAGGGAAAACAGCCGCAAAGGGAAGUGCCUGAACAGCAAGUGCCAGAAACCCCGCGCGGCGGCGUGCAUGUCCCCACCGCUAUCCCAACCCUAGGGACAACGCGCGCUGGCUCGCAUCAGAAUCCCACACUAGGGUUGGUCGAAGAUGCCAUCAUCCAGGUCAACCAUCUCCAAGACAAAACGGUCAAGUCAUGGCAGACUAUCGACUCCGUGUUGAAGGCAAAGACUGCUGGUAUGCCCAUGAUCAAAUCACAAGUAUACGCUCUUGAGUGCAGAGACAUGGCCGAGACACUGUAUGAGUAUAUGAGCAAGGCCCUCAAGGAGAUGAUAUCGACACGAGAUGAAAUACACGAAGCUUUCAAGCGUGAUCCCGGCCUUCAGAAUCACCACCAAAUCCUGUGGAUAUCGGCCGUGCAAGCAGAAACAAAGGCUCAAGACAUAAUGCGCCUAUACAAGGCUUUGGCAUCGGACAUCAAUCAAACCCUGGGUGCAUAUCACAUGGCCCGUUCCACAGCCAUGAUGAACAGAGAGACCUUUACGCACACAAAGUUGAGGCAGAUCGAGAGCGCCGCUAGAGAGCGUCGUCCAAGCCGAGUGCCCCAAACACAGUCUCCGGAAAGCCAAUACAUCGCCCGAACUGCAGUGCCACUCACAGGACCAGCGACUCCUGGGUACGCGGGAUAUCCCAACCCCAUAACUAUGGAUGUUCAGGAAGGCGGGGAGCAAUCCCCUGAUAUCCCACUCGUUAUGGAAAUGCCACACUUUCCACUAAGCCUUCCUCCGAAGAAGACCCUACCAAAGAUAUCAGACAACAUUCCCACCAGUUCACCUAGUAUCAAUCGUACGAUUUGCAGCGGGCAGCAGGCGGAAGAGAACACUAAGCAAGACCGGCCAGGUGUAUCGGCUACGAAGAAGAUGCAUAUUUUCAGAACGGUGAGUCAACCCUUGUAUCAUCUGUUGUUGUCCACUGAGACCCUAUAAUGACUUUCUUCGCAGCUCUUGCGAGCUGGCUGAAUUAGCAGAGUUGGAUUGUCUUUGUCGAAAUUCAUUACGGACAAGACUGAGUACGUUUGACGACAAGCGAAGAAGCUUCGUUAUGUGCUACCCCAGAUUCGACUCAACUGGUUCAGUAGGCACCAAAAUCAGAGCUGGUAGUCAACCCAAUCCCGCCAGUAGAGUAAGGAAAAGGGAUGUGCAAGCAUUGUGGUCUUACCGAAUAUCCAUGCGAGUCAUUUCCAUCUGACUGUGCGCAUGAAACAUGAUAAAUUGAUGACACAAUGCGAAAUCCACAGUCGGAG